UUGGAGACAUUUGUUAGUUCAGAUAUUACGGAAUCAGGAACCAUUAUUAUAAACAAUAAGUUUUACUCUAUUUUGGCAUGGAAUGUGAAGAUAAAGAAAGGAGAAAAGCUAUCCCAGCACUUGACUCAAAGUUAAAAGGAUUCAGUCAUUUUGACAUGGACAUAAUUGGAGUAAGACCCAAAAGGAAUAAAUGCUGUUGCUAUCAAAGUGGAUUAUUCAUCAGCUUACUUUUGUUAACGGCGGCAGUUGUUUUCUUGGGAUACAAAUUUUACACGAUGAAUAGGAAAUCUGGUGAGCCUACUGGUUCAAAAGAAAAAUAUACUGCACUCAAAUUGUUCCUGGAGAAAAUAGAAGAUUCUAAUUCCAUGCACCAUGAGGGCACGAAUAUUUCCAAUCAUAUAGAUGACAACCUGAUUUUUACCAAAAGCUUUGAGUAUAUAUGGAAACAGCUAGAGAUCAUCAAUUCAGUCAUCAAAAUUAAUAAAGUCAAAAUAAAUAAAAUGGAAGACGAUUUGUGGGAAUUGAAGAUGAACACAAGUGAAAUGCAAAUGAAUGGAAACUCAUUUGUUGCAGGCCCACCUGGUCCGAUGGGACCUUUAGGUCCUAAAGGUAACAAAGGAGAUCCCGGAAUAAAAGGUGACCACGGCAUUAAAGGAGAUAAAGGGACCAGAGGACUGAACGGAAUCCAUGGGGUUAAAGGAGAAAGGGGUGUUAAAGGAGUUUCGGGUGCAAAUGGAUUAAAAAGUGAAAGAGGGAUUCGAGGAGAGCCAGGACCAGUUGGACCUGCUGGUGCUAAUGGGCAAAAUGGUGAGAGGGGUCAACCUGGAAGGAAUGGAGUCAAUGGUGUACCUGGACAGAAUGGUCAAAAGGGAGAAACAGGUAUAAAUGGAUUAAAAGGUGAAAGAGGGAUUCGAGGACAGCCUGGACCAGUUGGACCUGCUGGUGCUAAUGGGCAAAAUGGUGAGAGGGGUCAACCUGGAAACAAUGGAGUCAAUGGUGUGCCUGGACAGAAUGGUCUAAAGGGAGUUAAAGGUAGUCCUGGAGUCACGGGUAGCAUAGGUCCCAAAGGAUCACAAGGGCAGAAUGGGGAAAAGGGAAUAAGAGGUGAUAACGGUUUGAAAGGAACACAAGGAAUAAAGGGAGCCUUAGGGCCUCCAGGAUUUAAGGGAAAUAAAGGUGAUCGAGGAAUACAAGGUCACUCAGGAGCAAAAGGAGCAACAGGUUCCAUAGGAAUGAAAGGGAAUCAAGGAAUUAACGGGUUGCCAGGCACAAUAGGCCAAAAAGGUCAAAAAGGGGAAAUAGGACAAAAUGUUCCUGUGCUUGCUAAAAUAUUCGGAGGUGGCAAUCAAGGCCGUGUGGAAUUGUACCAUAAAGGAGAAUGGGGAACAUUAUGCGAUGAUGGUUUGACCCUGAAUGAUGCCCAUGUAAUCUGCCGCAUGUUAAACUAUCAGAGGGCAACUAAAGCUUAUACCAUUGGAGGAGGCACUGGAAGAAUUUGGUUAGAAGGUUUACGAUGCACUGGACAAGAAUUAACUAUUUCUCAGUGUCGUGGACUAAGUUGGGGAACUCAUGACUGUUCUCACAGUGAAGAUACUGGGGUUACUUGUGUCCAGUUGUAGAAAUCCUUGUCUGCUUUUAUGGAAAUAUUCUUCAUCUUUUAAAAGCUUGUCAACAGGUUAUCUGUUGGGCUAUUGAUAAUUGUAGUUUGGCAAUGCAAUAUUCCUAGAAGGUACUUUCGCAUAUAAUUCUCUGUAAUAGCAAUAAUAAUUAAAGCGUCUUUCUCUUUUUUUAUAAAAUUGUUGGUAAUAAUUUCUAACCCAGUUUGUUAGAUUAUAAUCUUGUCCAGUUAUAAACUAAUUUAAAAAAAAUAUCCAUUUCAUUGUUAGAAUAUAAUCCCAUAAAACUACAAAUAAAUUCAUAGAAAUUAUAACAUUUAUAUAUUAUUUGAUAUAGCACAUAUAUUAUAAUUAUAAUACAGUACAAUUAUAAUACAGUAUUUAUCAGAUCAUAUUUUUUACUUUAUUGCUUUGUAUGUAAUAAAUCAAUUAUCUAAGAAAUGAUUGAAAUUUUAACCCACUUUGAAUUAUGCAGUGCAUUCAAUUAAUCAUUUAUUAUACGAACUAUACAAAUAUAUUAGGAUUUUCUUAUACAUUCUAAAAGACACACCUUUGGUAACAUGACAUUUAAUGUAAUUAACCAGACAGAGAAAGGUAAUGAGACUUGGCGAUUUCUGCAUAACAUCAAAAAUGUUUUUGGGCUAGUUUUGAGGAUACAACAUAUUGUAUUACAAAAAAAAUACAUUAAGCAACUUAAAAGGAAAACAAUGUACUUUCAUAAAACUAAUAAAUUAUUGAAUU